UCUGGGCCGGCAGGCGGCACUGGCAGCGAUAGCGGCGACGGCAGCGACGGCAGCCACGGUUAUGGGGAGCGGAGGCGUGAUCCACUGUAGGUGUGCCAAGUGUUUCUGUUAUCCUACAAAGCGGAGAAUAAGAAGGAGACCCCGAAACCUAACGAUCUUGAGUCUCCCUGAAGAUGUGCUCUUUCAUAUCCUGAAAUGGCUUUCUGUUGGAGACAUCCUUGCUGUCCGAGCUGUGCACUCCCACCUGAAGUACCUGGUGGAUAACCAUGCCAGCGUGUGGGCAUGUGCCAGCUUCCAGGAGCUGUGGCCUUCUCCAAAGAACCUGAAGCUCUUUGAAAGGGCUGCCGAAAAAGGGAAUUUUGAAGCUGCUGUGAAGCUGGGCAUAGCCUACCUCUACAAUGAAGGCCUGUCUGUGUCUGAUGAGGCCCGGGCGGAAGUGAACGGGCUGAAGGCCUCUCGCUUCUUCAGUCUCGCGGAGCGCCUGAAUGUGGGUGCCGCGCCCUUCAUCUGGCUCUUCAUCCGCCCACCUUGGUCGGUGUCCGGAAGCUGCUGCAAGGCCGUGGUUCACGAGAGCCUCAGGAUGGAGUGCCAGCUGCAGAAAACUCACAGAGCGUCCAUACUGCACUGCUUGGGGAGAGUGCUGAGUCUUUUUGAGGAUGAAGAGAAACAGAAGCAGGCCCGGGACCUGUUUGAAGAGUCUGCUAAUCAGGGGUGUUUGACCAGCUCGUACCUCCUCUGGGAAAGUGACAGAAAGAUGGAUAUGUCAGAUCCCGGACGAUGCCUCCACAGCUUCCGGAAACUCAGGGACUUUGCUGUCAAAGGCUGCUGGGAAGCGCAGCUGUCUCUAGCCAAAGCCUGUGCACACGGAAACCAGCUUGGACUGGAAGCAAAAGUCUCCAACGAGAUAGUCUGCCAGCUGUUCCAGGCCUCCCACGCUGUCAGUAAGCAGAGGGUCUUCUCUGUGCAGAAGGGACUCAAUGACACAAUGAGGUACAUUCUCAUCGAUUGGCUGGUAGAGGUC